AACAAUGAAAGCUCCAAGUAAAACUUUGAAAAAGGUUUAUAAGCCUAAACUGAGCGCACAAGCCUAAAAGUUGAUCUUCAGUUUUAGUUUAUUUAUUGAUAAUAAACCUAGAGAUUAGUCCGAUGUUAUGCAGGCGCUCAAACCGACCCAUUUCCAAUAAUAGACCUAUUAAUUUAAUCACAAUUAUCAAGGAGAAAAAAAAACUUGUUUUCAUAUGAAGGAAAGGAGUUUCUAGAAAUGACUGAUAAUAAGAAAAGCGAAAAGUUAAAAUGUUUGCUUAAAUAUGAAAAUAAGCAUAUGUGUGUUCUAUGUUAUCUUUUUAUUAAAAGUACCGAUGUCAUAAAACAUUUACUUUCUCAUAUCGGAGCUCUACCAUUUUUUUGUGUUACAUGCAAAGAUACAUUUUUAUCUGAAACACAUUUUGAAAAUCAUAAGUCAGAACAUUUACCAAAAUCAUUUACUACUGUAUCAAUUUACCCUUGUAUUCAUCAGUGUAACAUUUGUGACUUGGUGUUACCAGAUAAUUAUCAACAUAUUUUGCACUACUUUGAACAUCUUCUUCAACUGAACAUUAAAUGCAUUAUUUGUAACCUUUAUUUUUCGAAUUUUAAAGACUUUUCCAUUCAUCAACAUAUACAUGAACACAACUUUAGUUGCCAAAUAUGUGGUUACGCUGAAAGAGAUAUGCAAUUAUUGUUUCAUCACGUUGUCCAACAUUCUCCGAAUAAAUUUUUUCAGAAUUUCGUUCCUACUUACUUCUCAAAGUCUUCAGAAGAUUCGUAUAAUUUAAAAACAAAUGAUUAUCUACUCAACAGAUGGAGAAAAUCAAUGAAUUCUGAAAUUGAAAGAGAUAAAUUAUCAAAGAAGUUAUGUACAUCAGGUACUAAUGAUAGUUCUCUUAAUGAUGGAAUGAAGACUUCAAAAAACAAAGUCUCAAAGACUAAUAUUUGUAUUUCUCAAAAUAUUAAGUCUCCAUUAAACUCUAACAACUCAGAAACUCCACCUGUUCUUGGUGAUAAAGUAAGUAAUUUUCAUGAUAAAAUGAAGAAAGGAAACAGGGCCCCAGAAUUUAAUAUUUCUGUUUCAAAGCAGAUAAAAUCAGCAAGGAAUUCAAAUAGCUCAAAAACUCCUGUUCUUAGUGACAACGAUCUACUUCCUGAAAUUGCUUCAUUUACUCGUGAUAUUUCUCUUGCUAACACAGCAACAUAUUCACAUAGUCCAUGUGUUGUUCGUUUGUCUUCCGAUAAUAACGACUCAUUACAAAAAUUGGCCACUUCAGUACAGGUAAAAGCUAAUAAUGAUUUAAAUUCUUGUGAUGGUUUUCGAAAUUGUGUGGUGCUAGGAACUAAAAGUAAUGUGUCUCUCGAAAUUAAUAAUAAAACUUCACAAACGUUAAAUCUUAUUCACAAUGAGCAUAUCUGCUGUCCUCCCAAUAGUCUUACUUUAAACUUACAAAAAAUCUUUAAUCAUAGUGAAACAAUCAAACAAGAGGAGGAACCCAUUGAAGUAAAUGACCAAGUUAUUAAUGAUUGUCGUGUAAGUGGACAUUUGGAAUUGAAUAAUCAAAAUUCUAUUGCUUCAUCUCGAAAUGUUGAGCAGGAUUCUGGUUUAGUCAAAGUGAAGCUUGAGUUUGAGGUGGAUGAUGUUUUAGAUUCACAAAAAUUAAAUUCUACUUUAAGUCAUUUUUCAGAUUAUUUUGUGAAAGAAACUGGAGUAAAUUCGAAUCUGCAUGUUAACGGUCAGGAAGAAGUUCUUACUGAUUCAGAAAUUCCCUAUGAGAAUUCUGAAAGAAAUGGAUUUGUUGAUAGUCGGAACGAUCUUACUGUUGGUGGUCAAAAAAAAGUUCUUACAGAUACAGCAAUUCCCUGUGAAAAUUCUGAAAUAAAUGUAACUGCUGUUGGCGAAAGAUCUGUUGGUGGUCAAAAAGAAGUUCUUACAGAUUUAGCUAUCUAUAAUCGAAAUUCUAAAACUAAUGUAAGGGAAAAAAUUGAUGCAACAAAUAAUAUCACUAAAAAAUUACAGCCAGGCUCUGUUGUUUUACGUAAGCUAGCAUCACAUAGCCGUGAUUCAACUUUAAUUCCUGAUGAAACUUUAGAGAAAAUCUCAAGAAUAGACCUUCCUGUGAUAGAUGCAACAAAUGGCUUCAUUCAGAAAUUACAACCUUGCUCAGUUGUUUUACGCAAGCUAGAUUUAAGCCAAGAUUGGAUAGAUCUGUCUACUUUUGUUCCUAACCAAAAUUUAGCUCAUGCAAAUGAUAUUAAUAAGUUGAAUAAUCCAUUAAAACAGAAAUCAAUUGUGUCUGAUAAGCUACCACAAGAUUCUAUCCAUAUAUUGUCAUUGGCUCCUAAUCAGAAUUCAGAUGGGAACUCAAGUAAAAAACUUACUUUUGCAAAUGAUGCCAAUAAAUUGAGCAAGCAAUCAGUUGUUUCAAAUAAGCUAAGCCAAGAUUCCUUAAAUGCUCCAACUUUUUCCAUUGUUCAAAGCUCUCAGCGAAGCUCUGAGAAAGACAUUUCUUCAGAAAACCAUGCUAAUGUGUUAAAUAAACAAUGUUUAGUUGUCUUAGAAAAGUUAUCUUUGCCUUUUAAUGAUAUUGUUCAGAGAAGUUCAGAAUUAGACAUUUCUGUGGAAAAUGAUAUUAAUGUGCUAAAUGAGGAGCAAUGUUCAGUUGUUUUACAUAAGCUUGAUCCGUUCAGACAAGAUUCCACAAAUGUGUCUAAUAUUUCUUUUCGUGAUAGUUUUGAGGGCAGUUCCGCAUCAAAUGUGAUUCUUGCAAAGGAUAAUAUGGCAAAUAAAAAAUUAAAACAAUGUUCUGUUGUUUUACAUAAGCUGCCACUUAGUGUUCAAAACUUUGAUUCCUAUUUAAUUUAUUCUAAAUCAGUGAAUUGUACUCCUGCUACAUAUGAGGAAGUUUCAAAAAAGAAAUUUGUAAAAUUUCUGAAACGCUUAAAGAAGAAAUUUAAAAAUUACGAACAUGCACAAACUUUAAUAAAAUAUAUACGCAAAACAAAGUAUAAAAAAGUAAAUUCCAAAAGGAGUAAAAAGUUAAACAAGAACUUGUGUCAAUUAUGUGAUAUUGUUUAUGAUAAGUAUAAGUUUAAAAAAUUUAAAUACUUAAAAAUUAACUCUGUUAAAAAUUCAAAUUCUUCUAGAUUGUUUAAUGAUGCUACUUCCUCAAAGUUUAAAGAAUUUCGGGUGAAGAAAAUUGAGACACGUAUUAAAUCAAUAAGAAAUUUUUUAAAAAGUCAGGAAAAAACUGUUUAGUUUUUACAAAAUUAUCAGGUAGCAUACAUUUAUUAAAAAAAUUACAUUGACAUAAAGAGAAUUUCAUGUUUGCUACAUAUCUGUUUCAUUAUUUUGCUUUGCAUCAAUUUCUAAAAUUUUUUUUAAUAUGUUUUGGCAUACAUCUAAAUUUAUUUCUGAUAUUUCUUUUCUUGCACAUAACAUUAUCUACUCUGUAAAUACAAUGGAAGAUUUUUCUAAUGCAGAUCUUGAAACAUGAGGUUUUGCUUCUUAUGAAAUUUUGCAGUAUCAUUUCAUUCAUUACUUAUUUCAUAUACCUUAAAACUUACUUCUAAAUUUGGCAAAAAUAUUUUGAAAUGAUUUUUAGAUAAUAAUAAUUAAAAACUCUAAAAUAUAUGCUUAAGUAUUUAUUAAUUAUAGAAAAAAUUGAAAUUUUCUUGAGCACUAUUCGAAUUAAUAAACAAACUUAUCAACUUAUGUUAUUUUUUUUUUGGAUUAUAUAAUUGCAUUAAGGUCUUCAUCUGUUCAUUCAAUUAUUUAUCACUUUGUACAAUUUUUUAAGUAAUAAUAUGUUUCUAUACAUUCUGUCAAAUCUUGAUAUUGUGAACCCUAAGAGAUAUGCUAAAAGUCAUUAAAGUGCUGAAUUUUUAUUUUUUUAAAAGCUUUUAAACUUCAAAGGGUUGAACCCCUGGUAAAAUUGUACAGAAUUUUUUUUGCUAUGAGCUAUUUUCCAAUUCAAUAACAUAACGAAAUCGAUUUUUUUUUGUGGGUAAAAAUUUCUAAAUUAUUGAGAAAAAUUUUUUAAAUUAUAUUUAUAAAAAAUAUUGAACCAAAUAACAAAUUUUUAUGAAAAUUUAAUAAAGGGCCAUUCUUUUAUUUAUAUUUGUAAUAUGAAUUGAUAAUUUUUUUCUAAGUUUGCUUUGUUCUCUACAGAACUUUAUCAAUGUAGUAGGUAUACCUGCAUUAUUAAUGUUGUAAAUGUUUUUGCUGAGAGUGCACUUAUAAAUAAUUUUUGCAUGAAUCUAAAAAAAUACACCCAAUAAUUUUUUUAAAGUAACAUUUCAUGUUUUUUGAGAUCCCCAGUGUCUUUUGAAUAAAUAUAUUUAAUUUUAAAUAAAACUGCUCAUUCUUUAAAUCUUUUUAUUUUUUAAUAAAACAAUUUUUGCAGUCUUGCUUAUUUUUACUGUCAAUUGUAAUCACUGAAAAAAAGAAGGAUUGCAGUAAAAAAUAAGUUAUGUGAAGCAUUUAAUUCUGUUUAUUAAUUUUUACACUACUCUCUGAUUUUUUUAAAAUUGAAAGUUGGGUGGGGUUUAAUGUUAUCAUUUGCAGUCCAUAUCGAGUGCAGGUGGUUAUACCAUAUCUAUAAUAUGAAAGUGGCAAUCUAUAAAAAUAAAAUUUAAUUUUCUUAUUUUUGCAACCAUUUUAAAUUUUACAAGAAGUUUAUUUUAAUAAACAACCUGUUAUUGUCGUUAGAACACAUUUUUUUUCUAAAAAGAAUAGUUGGGUUAUAAUAUACAUCUAGCUACCACUUAAAUCUACUCUUUUGACGUAAAUUGCAAGGCAAAAAAAAAAGUUCUGCCACGUAAUAUCGUGUGAUUCGGCAAUGUUGUUAGAAGGUGUGGUAACAUGUUAAUCUGUAUUUUACGUUUUUUUUAAUACUUACAUUAUCUCUUGUUACUUAC